AUGAGCGACGCCGACUCUGCUAACCCCCAGUUGCUGGCGUGGGUAAAAGAGUGGCUCGACCAGGCUCGCGAACGCAAUUCUAAAGGCGUUACUACUUACAGGCAAGCAUAUAACUCGCUGAAGGCAUGUCCAAUUACGUUUGAGCACCCUGCACAGUUGCAGCAGCUCAAAGGUUUUGGUCCCAAACUCUGCGAACGCCUCGAACAACAGUUAAAAAAACACUGCGAGCAAAAUGGACUACCUAUGCCUCCACACCCUAGGUCCCGUAAGGCGGCACCAGCCGUUGGAGACGAUAACGGUGAGGGCUCUUCGAAGCCCGCAAAGAAGGCACGUAAAUCAAAAGCCUAUGUCCCUGCUCUUCGGUCUGGAGCCUUCGCCUUAGUAAUCGGCCUUGCGACCCAGGAUGAAGCCUCUUCUGUUGGAAUGACAAAGGCGGAACUCGUUGAAGUUGCGCAACCACAUUGCGACGCAUCCUUCUCAGCACCUAGCGACCCUACCAAAUUUUACACUGCCUGGAACUCGAUGAAAACCCUAUUGCAGAAGGAACUGGUGUACGAAAGGGGCCGCCCGUUACGGAGAUAUGCUUUAACUGACGAAGGGUGGGAAGUUGUAAAGCGCAUAAAAGAAACGGACCAUUGGCAAGCCGAAAUUGGCAGGGUUAAGGAUCCAGUCUCAGCGCAAACCGUUGUUCCAAACUUCCAGCCUACUGCCGCUCCGAGGGCAAGGUCGCCUUCUAUCGAAAUAUCUGAACCUGCGAAAGCUCCGUCAGAAUAUCAAAAUAUCGUAUCCGAUGGCCCAACAUUAUUAGACGACGCAUCUUUGCCAAACUUUACACCAAUAAAGCUACCGCCUGGAUCAUUUACUGUUCACCUUGUCCUGGAUGUCCGCGAAGUCAGAGCCAAGACUGACCGGGACUAUAUGCAAGAGGAGCUGGCAAAGCAAGGUGCAAAGCCCAUCAUGCGUAGUAUGGAACUUGGCGACGCCCAAUGGAUCGCAAAAUGCCACGAUCCAAAUCUCCUCGCGGCACAAGGUGCUGAGGGCGACGAGGUUGUAUUGGACUGGAUUGUUGAAAGAAAACGCCUAGAUGACUUGAUUGGGAGCAUCAAGGAUGGCAGAUUUCACGAGCAAAAGUUUCGCUUGCAACGAUCGGGUGUAAAGAAAGUGAUCUACAUCAUCGAGGACAUUGCAAUGGAUCCAGAGGUCAUAUCGAGAUACAGCGAAGCUGUCCGAUCGGCCAUCGCCUCGACACAAGUAGUCAAUGGCUACUUUGUCAAGAGAACGGCCAAAAUGGACGACACGAUCAGAUAUCUUGCUCGGAUGACAACUAUGCUGAAGCGGACGUACGAGAGUAAGCCUUUAAAUGUCAUUCCAACCAAGGUCCUUACGUCUCAGAACUACCUCCCUCUGCUGAAACACCUCAGGGUGUCCGUAUCACCAGCAUGGUACAUUACCUACCCUGCUUUUUCGUCACUUGCAUCCAAGUCAGAGUCGAUAACUCUGCGCGACGUUUUCUUGAAAAUGCUCAUGACCAUCAAGGGCGUGACAGGAGAGAAAGCGCUUGAGAUACAGAAGCGCUGGAAGACUCCAUAUGAUUUCGUCAAGGCCUUUGAGGCUUGUGGGACUGGUGAGCAGGGCUUGAAGCGCAAACGGGACCUGGUCCUAAGUCAGACAAGCCACCUUGUCGGACGAAAGAAGUUUACUAGGCCGCUGAGUACCAAGAUCGCCGAAGUCUGGGGUGACGCAUGA